AUGGCGACUGUAGCAUACAACGGCACCACUGGGGUGGCCGAUCCCGGUUACUCAGCUGAUGUCCCGGACCUCAACAUCUUCUACGACACCGGACACAUGACCUUCAUUGCCAUCUCAUCGCUAUUGGUGCUUCUCAUGAUUCCCGGCGUCGGCUUCUUCUAUUCCGGCCUUGCUCGUCGCAAGUCGGCCCUCCAGCUUGUUCUUCUCUCCAUGCUGUCUGUCGCUGUCAUUGGUUUCCAGUGGUUCUUCUGGGGCUAUUCGCUUACUUUCUCGCGAACCGGCAACUCCUUCCUCGGCGACCUCUCCCAGUUUGGCCUUAUGAAGACCCUGGCCCAGCCCAACGGUUCCAGCGCCAUGCCCGACAUUCUCUUCUGUCUCUACCAGGGCAUGUUUGCUGCGAUCACACCUGCUCUCGCUAUCGGUGCCGUCGCUGACAGAGGCCGCAUGUUGCCCGCCAUCGUCUUCAUGUUCAUCUGGUCCACAGCCGUCUACGAUCCCAUCGCUUACUGGACCUGGAACGCUAACGGUUGGCUCGCCAAGCUGCCUUCUUACGAUUUUGCUGGGGGCGGCCCCGUUCACGUUUCUUCCGGUGCCUGCGCCCUAGCGUACUCUCUAAUGCUUGGAAAGCGUGCCGGGUAUACCUCUAACGCUGGCUUGCCCUACCGCCCUCACAGCGUCACCAACGUCCUUUUGGGCACCGUCUUCCUCUGGGUCGGCUGGUUCGGCUUCAACGGUGGCUCGGCCCUGUCCAUGAACCUGCGUGCCAUCAUGGCCUGCUACGUUACCCACCUUGCGGCCUCGUGUGCUGGUAUUGCUUGGGUCCUACUCGACUAUCGUCUAGAGCGCAAAUGGAGCACUAUCGGCUUCUGCUCUGGUGCCAUCGCCGGCCUCGUCGCCAUCACACCCGCCGCCGGCUUUGUCCCAACUUGGGCUGCCGUUAUCAUUGGUGUUGCUGGUGGUGUGUGCUGCAACUUCGCCACCAAGCUCAAGUUCCUCUUGGGUGUAGAUGAUGCUCUGGACAUCUUUGCUGUCCACGGCGUCGGUGGAAUGGUAGGCAACCUUCUUACUGGUAUCUUUGGAGCAUCAUGGAUUGCCGAUUUAGAUGGUUCAUCACACGCCCCAAUCGGCUGGAUUGAGGGCAACUGGAUUCAGCUGGGUUACCAGCUUGCCGGUACCUGCGCAGCGUUCGCCUGGUCCUUUGGCCUGUCUUGCCUCAUUCUGUUCCUCAUGAACCUUGUUCCUGGCAUGUCCCUCCGCGUUACAGCUGAAGACGAAGAUGUUGGCAUUGAUGACUGCCAGCUUGGAGAGUUUGCUUACGACUAUGUUGAGAUUAAGCGUCACUUUGCUGAUGCUGGCGUGAGCCUCAGCGCCUCUGCGUCGUCUGCUUCCAGCACUCACGAGAAGGCACCAAAGGAAGUCGUCUAG